CCCUUGGGUGUUGACGUAGCGUAGAAUAUAAAGCAUUUCUAGAAGGAGUCAAAGAAACAUUCAUGUCGUUCAUUAACUUUUUGUGAUCACAUCAUAAGGAAAACAUAAAUACCAUUGUGCAACUAUGAGAGAGGAUCAGAAUGCAGAAGCCCAACCAGACCAACAAGAUGUGAUUCCUGUUGGGCAUCUCAACUUGGCCUUCACACAAGAUGAGAAACCCCAGUAUGAAAACCCAGAGAAUCCUCUGCAGGAGGAAUCCAAAUCAAAGAGCAAGAAGAAGAAGAAAAAAAAGUCUGAUAAGCCAAAAAAGGAACCGAUAAAGACAGUUGGGCUUUUCCAGCUGUUCCGUUAUGCCACCUGUCCAGAAAUCUUCCUGAUGCUGAUUUCUCUUCUGUGCGCUGCUAUUCAUGGUGCUGCACUGCCCAUAAUGUGUAUUGUGUUUGGACAGAUGACAGACAGCUUUGUACAAAGUGGACAACAACUCAACGUUACAGGAAACUUCACCUCUAAUGUCACACUGAAUCCUUCAGACUGUGUGACUAUACCAGGAUUUGACAUAGAAGCAUCAAUGACGAGAUAUGCUUAUUACUUUGUUGCCAUUGGGGCUGGGGUCUUACUCGUUGGAACAUUCCAAGUCAUGCUAUUCGUACUGACGGCUACUAGACAGACCAAGCGGAUCAGAGAGAAGUACUUCCAUGCGAUUCUCCAUCAGCCAAUGGCAUGGUUCGACACACAUCCCAUUGGAGAACUUAACACUCGACUCACAGAUGACAUAAACACAAUCAAUGAUGGCCUGGGAGACAAGAUCUGUGUAUUUGUGCAGUUCUUCUGCAGAUUUAUUGCAGGUUUAAUUAUUGGAUUUGUUUUCGGCUGGAAGUUGACUCUGGUCAUUCUGGCAGUGAGUCCACUGCUGGCAGGUUCAGCUGCUGUAUGGUCUAAAGUUCUUGGCAGUCUUACAAGUAGAGAGCUGACAGCCUAUGCUAAAGCAGGAGCUGUGGCUGAGGAGAUACUUGUGGCCAUUAGAACAGUUGUUGCGUUCAAUGGCCAAAAGAAAGCUCUGCAAAGGUAUGAAACUAACUUGGAGGAUGCAAAGAACUUUGGAGUGAGGAAAGCAAUUACCACAAAUGUGUCACUGGGCAUAACACAGUUCUUCAUAUUAGGAACAUAUGCUCUGGCGUUCUGGUAUGGCACAAAACUCGCUGUGGAUGAACCAGAUAACUACUCAAUUGGAAGAGUUCUCACUGUCUUUUUCUCAGUGAUGAUUGGUGCAUUCUCUCUGGGUCAGGGAGCUCCCAACUUGGAGAGUAUUGCUACUGCCCGUGGUGCUGCAUAUCCCAUCUACGAAACCAUUGAUAUGCCUCGUCCCAUUGACAGCAGUUCAAAGGAAGGACACAAACCAGACCGUGUGAUAGGUGACAUUGAAUUCAAAAACAUUCAUUUCAGUUACCCUUCCAGAAAGGAUGUGAAGAUUUUGCAGGGAAUGAGCCUGAAAGUCCCCCAUGGAAAGACAAUUGCUCUGGUGGGGGCCAGCGGUUGUGGUAAGAGCACCACCAUUCAACUGCUGCAACGGUUUUAUGAUCCAGAUCAAGGAGAGGUCAUGCUGGAUGGUCAAGAUAUCCGCACUCUGAAUGUGCGUUGGCUGAGAGAAAAUAUGGGCAUUGUGAGCCAGGAGCCUGUACUCUUUGGCAACACAAUUGCUGAGAACAUUCGCUAUGGUCGUGAGGAUGCCACUGAUGAGGACAUUGAACGGGCUGUGAGAGAGGCCAAUGCCUAUGAAUUCAUCUCCAAACUACCAGAGAAACUGAACACCAUGGUGGGAGAGCGUGGGGCUCAAUUGAGUGGUGGACAGAAACAGAGGAUCGCCAUUGCUCGUGCUUUGGUCAAAAAUCCCCAAAUCCUCUUGCUGGAUGAAGCUACAUCAGCCUUGGAUACGCAAAGUGAAGCUAUUGUCCAGGCUGCUUUAGAUAAGGCAAGAGCAGGCCGAACAACCAUAGUGAUUGCUCACCGGCUGUCCACAAUCCGUUCUGCUGAUAUAAUUGCUGGCUUCAAAGAUGGUCAGGUGGUGGAGCACGGCACUCACAGAGAACUCAUGAGCAAGAAAGGAGUCUAUUAUGCUCUUGUCACACAACAGUCACAGGGUAGACCAGACGAUGACUAUGAUGUUGAUGAUGAUGAUGAUGAUGAUGAUAAUGAUGAGUAUGACGAUGAAGGAGAAACAUGUGAGGAAUUAUCUGACAAUCCUGACGACUUGAUGGAAGUCACAACAGAAAAUGGUGGAUUUGAGAGAAAUUCAAUAAGACGUAGCAUAGCACUUCAAAGGAGAUCAUCAAAAAGGAGAUCAAUGCAGAAAAAGAAGUCAAAAAAGUCCAAAUCUAAGAAGGAGAAGAAGGAGAAAGAAAAGGUUACAGAUGUCCCUUUCACCAGGAUUCUGGCUAUGAACAAACCUGAGUGGGCCUACCUGGUGGUGGGUAUACUGGCCAGCACUGUGGGAGGAGCUGUCUACCCUUGUUUGGCUAUCCUCUUUGCCAAAAUCAUUGGUGUAUUUGCUGAGCCUGACCCUGAGUUGAAGCGGCAGAAGACUUUGAUGUUCUCUCUUCUGUUCCUUGUCCUUGGAGUUGUGUCAUUUAUCACCUAUUUAUUACAGGGUUUCAUGUUUGGCAAGUCUGGAGAAAUUUUAACUAUGAGGCUGAGGAGUCAGGCAUUUAAAGCCAUUUUGAGACAGGAGAUUGGCUGGUUUGAUGACCACAAAAAUGCAGUGGGAGUCCUAACCACUAAAUUAGCAACAGAGGCAUCAUUGGUUAAAGGGGCAUCAGGAUACAGACUGGGCUUGACCAGCAAUGCUAUUUGUUCCCUAGGCAUUGCUGUGAUCAUAGCUUUCAUUUCUUGCUGGCAACUUACCCUUCUAAUCCUUGCUUUUAUACCAUUCAUCAUUGGGUCCCAUUUCAUCCAGAUGAGAGCUCUGGGUGGUCAUGCCUCCAAAGAUCAGAGUGCACUAGAGAUGUCUGGCAAGAUAUCCACAGAAGCUGUCGAAAACUUCAAGACCGUUGUUGCAUUAACAAAAGAAGAGACCUUCUUCCAAAAGUUUAACGACAGCCUAAGUGAACCAUAUCGGUCUCAAAUAUGUAAAGCACCCAUCUAUGGACUCACCUUUGCACUUUCUCAAGCAAUUCCUUACUUUGUUAAUGCUGCAGUCUUCCGUUUUGGCUCCUGGCUGAUUGCACACUGCUACACUAAAUAUGAGAACGUUUUCCUGGUGUUUUCUGUUAUUAUCUUUGCGGCCAUGAGUGUCGGCCAGUCCUCAUCAUUUGCCCCAGACUUUGCCAAAGCUAAAGCUGCAGCUGGGAGAAUCUUAGACUUACUUGGGCAAACACCCGAGAUUGACAUCUACAAUGAGGCAGGAGACAAACCAACAAACUGUAAGGGAGACCUAGAUUUCUGUGAUCUGCAUUUCUCAUACCCAACACGUCCAAGUUCAAAGAUUCUGCAAGGCCUAAAUGUGUCAGUGGCUCAAGGGCAGACGUUGGCACUGGUGGGAGGCAGUGGCUGUGGGAAAAGCACCUUAAUCCAGUUGUUGGAACGGUUCUACAACACUGCCAGUGGGCAUGUGUUAAUGGAUGGGGUGGACACAAAGAAAUUGAACCUUGCUUGGCUGCGCUCUCAGCUUGGUCUGGUCUCUCAGGAACCAAUCCUGUUUGAUUGCACCAUUGCUGAGAACAUCCAAUAUGGCGACAACAGCCGUGUGGUCAGCCAGGCAGAGAUUGAGGAGGCUGCUACGAAUGCCAAUAUCCAUGACUUUAUUCUUGGCCUGCCAGAGAAAUACAAUACACGCGUUGGUGAUAAAGGCGCUCAGUUGUCUGGUGGGCAGAAACAGAGGAUAGCAAUUGCUCGAGCUUUGGUCCGACAACCUAAAGUGCUGCUACUGGAUGAAGCAACUUCAGCCUUGGACACGGAGAGUGAAAAGAUUGUGCAGAAAGCUCUGGAUGAUGCUCGACAGGGCCGCACGUGCAUAGUCAUCGCUCACCGGCUGACCACUAUCCAGAAUGCGGACAUCAUUGCAGUCAUUCAGAAUGGCACGGUGGUUGAGAAAGGCACACACAGCCAGCUAAUUGCCCAACAAGGAGCGUACUAUGCCCUUGUAAAUGCCCAAAUCUCCCAUUAAUGGUCACUGUAUUUUCCUAAGCAUUUGUGUGUUAUGCAAAGUUCUAGUAUAUGUAGCAGAAUUUUACACACAGCUCCAUGUAUGGAGCAUUUUUUAUUACUAUUAUAUCCUAUGCCAUUUGUUACUUGUUUAUUUAUCUUGUAAUUGUAACUAAAUGUAUCCUGUUUUUUUUUUUUUUGUAGAACUUUGUACAAAAAACACAAUAUAUGGUUUUAAUGUAAUCAGUAUAAACAAUAUUUGGUUUAUAUUUAACUAAAUGCUUUUAAUGAUUUAAAUUUAGAAAUUGAUGAAUGUUGAAAGAAUAAAGGAAAGGAAUAAAGGUGCAUAGCAUCUUAUUUCUAA